AUGGCUACGGGAUCUCAAUGGUUGCUAUUGACUUGGCUGGGACUCAGCGCGGCAUGGAUGGACGAAAGGCCCGUGCUGGAAUCUCGGGACGGAAGUCUGUUCAUUUCCGCGGCGAAAGACAAGAACAUCACUCUGAAGGUCCACGGGUCCGGCUUCUUGAACGUGAACGAUUAUAAUUUGCUCAAAGUCACCCAAGCGGCGGUCCUAGCGACGCGCCGGAUUGAGAGAUGGAGAACCGGAUACAUGACAGAGGUCGAAUCGAAUUUGCAACGGUUGUCACAAAUCGUCGAAGGGCCAGACGGCUUGGAAAGGAAAAUAGCGAUGAUGAGAUUCAUAGAAGGGAACAGCACCUUGCAACCGUUGUACAAAAACGAGACUGCCAAGGGAAUUAACGUGAAGAUUCGUUUGAUUCUUCAACGGCUGCGAAAAGUGGAAGAUAAAGUGAAGUCGAUUGAGACGAAACUGAAAGUAAACGAGUGUACUAGUAAUCCUUGUUUAAACGGUGGCGCGUGUCAAGACUUGUACGAUGGAUAUCAAUGCAACUGCCCAUCCAACUGGGAGGGGCCUAAUUGUAUGGUGGAUGUGAACGAGUGCGUUCGAUUAUUGGGAACGGAUCUCGGAUGCCAGAAUGGAGCCACUUGCCAUAAUCUUCCAGGAUCUUACAGAUGCGACUGUGCACCGGGGUGGUUCGGCCUCCAUUGCACGAAGAAGGAUUCGAUAUGCAAUACACAAAAUUCUAUUGAGUUAUGCGGUCAUGGAGUCUGCGUUGCCAAACCAGGCUCACCACUCGGCUAUAUCUGUAUUUGCGACCAAGGGUGGCAAUCCGAAGGUACCAAUCCAGCUUGCAUCAAGGACGUGAACGAGUGCACCGGGAACCACCGGCCCUGUUCCGUGAACCCAUGGGUCGAAUGUCGAAACGCUCCCGGGACAUUUUUCUGCGAUUCCUGUCCACAGGGUUACACAGGGAACGGUUAUUACUGCACGGACAUCGACGAGUGUCUGCAGGACAACGGCGGAUGCAGCACGACGCCCAGAGUGCAAUGCAUUAAUACAAUGGGUUCGAGAAUGUGCGGUCCUUGUCCCACGGGAUAUCAAGGGAACGGUGUGACUUGCACUUACGUUGGUGGAUGCGCGAUUAACAACGGUGGAUGUCAUCCGUUAGCUAGGUGCAUCGACAGUGCAGCUUUGACGAGCGCCUAUGUGAUCUGUCGUUGCCCAGACGGCAUGAUAGGCGAUGGAAUGGGCCCGAACGGUUGUCAAGCAUCGCCCACUAAUUUAGCUUGCGCAAGUAAUCCCUGCGUGUAUGGCAGGUGCGUCGGGCUUGGUCUACAUUCGUACAAUUGUGUCUGCAAUCCUGGAUACACUGGAGCAACGUGUAACGCUUCGAUAGAUAUGUGUUCACCGAAUCCAUGCAAGAACAACGGUGUCUGCGUGAUAUCGAACGGCGCGAUAGCCUGCGAUUGUCCAUCGACGUACACCGGGGCCAGAUGCGAGAAGCCGCGGCAGACCUGCGGCGGCGUGUCCCGAAAUCCCGUGGGGCAUCUCGAGUUCCCGAUCGGCGGCAACGUUUAUCAGCACGGGCUGAGCUGCGCCUGGGUCCUGGUCACCAACAGCUCGCUCGUGUUGAACGUCACCUUCACGCGUUUUAAUCUCGAACUGUCGCCCGACUGCAAGUACGAUUUUCUUCAGAUACACGACGGUAGGAACGCCGGGAGUCAGAUGAUCGGCCGAUUUUGCGGUGAUAAGGUCCUCCAUGGGAACGGGACUAUCGUGUCCUCGCACAAUUCUCUGUACUUCUGGUUCCAUUCGGACAGCAGCAUAUCUCACGAUGGGUUCGCGUUUCAUUGGAACAGCAUCGAGCCGGUCUGCGGCGGCAGGUUGACGAAUGAUUACGGUACGAUCAGCUCGCCGGGAUCACCGGGCAGGUAUCCGCCGAACAGAGAUUGCUAUUGGACGAUCACCGUCAAACCGUCCAAGAGGAUACAGAUACAUUUUGGACAACUGAUGCUCGAGGAACAUCCGACGUGUAACGCUGAUUAUCUCGCGAUCAGUACUAUUCAUGGUGAAAAUUUAGGCCGUUAUUGCAAUCACACGCAUCCACCGCCUCUCGUGGUACCGUCCUCUAAGGCUGUCAUUUAUUUCCAUUCUGACAACGCUGGCCAAGAUGCUGGCUUCCAGAUUCACUAUUCUGCAAUCGAAGGCUUGCCGGGUUGCAACGACGUGUACACCUUGCCGUCAGGUGUUAUCAACAAUCCCAGUAAUAUGAACAGUGUUGAGGAGUUGGAGUGCGAGUGGAAAAUACAAAUGUCUGUCGGUGAACGGGUGGAAAUCAGUUGGACCCAAUUCGAUCUCGCUGAAACCGAUUGUUCACAUGAAUAUGUUGAGGUUUACGACGGUGAAUCCAUUGAAUCACCGUUGAUCGGACGAUAUUGCGGCAAGAUGAUUCCACUUACGGUCAGAACGAACUCCAACGUGGUACUAGUUUUAUUCAAAUCGACUCUUCUGGGGAUGAAGGGUACCUUCGCCCUUUCGUACAACGUCAUCUGCGGCGGUACAUUCACACAGGAGUCAGGAAUCAUUCAAUCGCCGACGAACCCACCGUCCGAUCGAAUGCUCAGGUGUAUCUACGAUAUCACGCAGCCAUCGGAUAGAAGAAUUGUACUAAACAUCUUAAGCCUGGACAUCCGCAGACAUCCUUUGAAGUCCGACUGUGACAUAAAUUACUUCCGGGUGUACGAUGGUCUCACCGAGAACAACACUCGUUUAGCGAACCUCUGCGGUACCGACGCCGUUACGUCCAAAGACGACGUGACUUUCUACUCGACGCACAAUUCGAUGAUGCUGAAAUACGUGAACAUGGCGAGCCCGCAGGAUCGCGGCUUCAUAGCAAAUUACACCACUUUCAAGAACAGAUGCGGAGGAUUGUACACGGAAUCGAAUGGGAUGAUACAGUCACCUUCUAAAGAUGGUGUGUAUACGAACGACGAGGAAUGCAUCUGGACUAUAGUUGCACCCCCGGGUAAUGUGGUGCAGCUUACUUGGCUGAACUUCGAUUUGGAGCAUAACAUUCGUUGUCGAUUUGACUACGUCAGCGCUUACGAGAAUUAUCUGUCGUCUGGCAAGGAAUUGCUUGGAACUUUCUGCGGGUCGACCAAGCCACCGGUAUUGAUAACAGAAGGGAACACAUUGACGAUAGUCUUCCAUUCGGACUCGUCGAUAAAUCGUAACGGCUUCGUGGCAACAUACAUUUUCAUUGACGCAAGGAAGGUCUGCGGUGGUCAUUUCUUGAAAUCGGUUGGCGUCAUCCGGUCACCGGAAUACCCUCGCGCAUACCCGAACAGAAAGGAGUGCACAUGGAUCAUCGAAGCGCCGAACAGGCAAAGAAUCAUUCUGAACAUAACGCAUUUUGAGCUGGAGGGGCAAACCAAUUGCUUGUUCGAUUAUUUGGAAAUCAGGAACGGUGGUUACGACAAUUCACCGUUGAUUGGCAAAUAUUGUGGGACCAACAUUCCAACCGAAAUUAUAUCCCAGACUAAUAAAUUAUAUCUGAAAUUCGUGUCCGACCAGUCGAGAUCGUUCCCUGGAUUCUACAUAGAGUGGGACAGUACAACGAUCGGCUGCGGUGGAGAUUUGCACGCUGCUAAUGGUGACAUCAUAUCGCCGAAUUAUCCGAAGGAGUACUCGCAGCUGGCUGAGUGUCAAUGGAGGAUCAUGGUAGCUGAAGGCAGUUGGUUACGACUGACGAUAGUCGACUUACAACUGGAAGAACACGUCAGGUGUAGAGCCGACUAUAUCGAGAUAUCGGAAGGAUUCAAUCGACGCAACAGCCAGAGAUAUUGUGGCAACCCUUAUCCCAACAUCAUCGAGACGACGUCCAAUAUAAUGAACAUUCGGUUCCGUAGCGACUAUACAAGUUCCGGUCGCGGUUUCCAUCUCAAGUAUGAGACAGUGUGUCGGAACACUGUACAAGGUUUCCACGGCGUAAUAGAGUCUCCGAACUUCCCGGAGAAAUACGACCAUAAUUUAAACUGCAGCUGGAAAAUUGUAGCGCCAAUAGGCAACAAGAUCAAUUUGACGUUUUCCCAUUUCGAGCUGGAGGGCUUCGAUUGGGAGACCGGUUGCAAUUACGAUUACGUGGACAUAGGAGAGGGCGAGAAUGACGAGAUGACGAAUCAUCUUGUUAGGCUCUGCGGUUCUGAGACUCUACCAGAGAAGAUACACUCGUCGAUGCAUGAAGUGUUCGUCAACCUCGUUACCGAUUCGAUGAUUGCGUACGGAGGCUUCCGGCUGGAGUGGGUGGUCGACGGAUGCGGCGGCCACCUCACGAGGCCCUUCGGCGAGUUCACGUCGCCGGGGUAUCCGUCAUCCUACCCGUAUAACGUCAACUGCGAAUGGCUGAUCGAAGUGGAUCACACGCACAGCAUUGAACUCACCAUUCAUGACAUAAAUACCGAGAAACAGGCGAGUUGCUACUUCGACAAGCUGCAGAUCUACAGCGGCGAGAACGACAAUGCGCCGUUGCUCGUCGAAAUUUGCUACUCGAAGAAGCCCGUGAUCUACACCAGCUUCGGGAACAAGAUGUUCCUGCGAUUCCACUCGGAUAUAUCAUACGCGUCCCGUGGUUUUAACGUCAGCUAUAAGACUGUGCCGAUCAAGUGUGGCGGUCUGUACACCGCCGACACUGGGAUUAUAUUCUCCACUAAUUAUCCGCAAAAUUAUCCUAAAAAGGAGAACUGCGAAUGGCUGUUGCAAGUGGACAGGCACCACGUUGUCAACUUCACUUUCUUGGACUUUGAUCUCGAAGAGACAAUCAAUUGCACUGAUGAUUACGUCGAGGUAUAUGAUGGCCCGACGAAGAACUCUCCGUUGAUGGGCAGACAUUGUCGAACUGCUAUACCACCCCCUUAUUUGUCAACUGCUAACGAAAUGUUGAUAGUUAUGAGGACGGACGGUAUAUUGUCAGCGAAAGGGUUCAAGGCGAAAUACGCGAAGGCGUGCGGUGCUCGUAUAACAAUCAAGGAUGACGAGCCAGGAUACCUCACUCCAUCCAUGUCUUACACCUUAAGCGAGCCAUUUGAAAGCAACGAGUUGAAUUGCACCUGGAUAUUAGUCGCUGAGAAUCCAGCGGAUCACGUGACAGUGACUUUCUCGCACAUCGAUAUAAACGUAGACGGCUUCUACUACGACGACCAUUGCUCGUGGAACCACGUGGAGGUGUUCGAGGGAGAAGGGCUGGAUGGCCCGUCUCACGGCAAAUGGUGCGAUAACGUUGUACCAUUGCCGGUAACCAGCUCCGGGAACGCGCUCACCGUGAAUUUGCACUCAAGUUACGAUUUCGUCGGACACUUCGCUCUCACCUACACCACAUUAAAUUCAGCGUGCGGUGGGAAUUACACUUCGUACAAAGGGAGGAUUGCUUCCCCGAAUUACCCGAACAGUUACCCGUUGGACGCAGAGUGUAUUUGGAUCCUGCACACCUCGCCCGGUAGCAGGCUCAGCCUGACCUUCAACGAGUUCGAUCUACAGCAGAGCGAGAACUGCGAGCUGGAUUAUCUGGAGAUACGAGAGGAGAGCGGGAUUGGGAAACUGAUCAGCACUUCCUGCGGGAAGCUCAUCGCACCGGUCUUGACGUUUAAGAACCUCUGGAUCAAGUUCAAGAGCGAAGGCGACGACGUUGGAAAAGGAUUCGUAGCUGAGUUCACUAUGAGUAGCAGUAACGAACUGAGCGGUCCUGUGGGAAGAAUCACUUCUCCCCUUUAUCCAAUUCCUUACCUAAGAAGCGAACCUCUCGACUGGCGAAUCACCGUGGAGUUCGGCUCAGUGAUUCGAAUAGACGUCACUGAUUUGUUCAUCGAGUCACCUGAAUUCUACUGUCACUCACAACUCGAGAUAUUCGACGGUUACAAUACGGAGGCACCUUCCCUGUUGGCGACUUGUGGCCUCGAUAGGCCAAAGCCUGUUACUACUUCUAGCAACGUUGCUUUCAUCAAGUUGACCAUGUAUCUGGUCCGUCAGGGUAGCGUUUUCGACCUCAAUUGGAUUCAAAUACCACGGGACUUCGACCCUACGAAUCCAGACAAAGAAACAAAACUGGGCAACUGCUCGGAGGAAAUAACUCUGACCUAUCCGUACGCCAACUCCCACAUAAUUACCUCGCCCGGCUGGCCGAACGGUUACGACGUGAAUCUUCAAUGCUCCUGGUUGUUCACGUCUCCGGUCGGUACUCAUCUGCUAUUUAAGGCAGAAGUUAUGGACCUAGAAGAGAGUUUCGGUUGCCUGGCCGAUUACGUAUCGGUUUACUCUGGAAAUGCAUUGAUGGACACAGACGACACGGAACUGCUGGGUAAAUUGUGUCUGGCGAACUCCACCUCCCUUUGGCUGGAAAAUGAUAACAACGUGAUGACAGUCAAGUUCCAGUCGGACAGCUAUUUAAAUAAGACAGGCUUUCGGGCUCACGUCUUUGUAGGUUGCGGAGGUAAAAUGGAGGGACCGAACGGUGUGAUAGAGAUCGGCAAUUCGACGACGAUGAGAGGGAACGGUCGUGGUAUGCAAGAUCUCUGCAAGUGGACUGUCGAAGUGAGAUCUGGUAGAAUGAUAGAGGUGAAGAUCAAGGAGAUGUCGAUUAAGCAAGGACCCAGCUUUACCUGCACCGACAACUAUUUAAUGCUUAAGAAUGGUGGCGAGGAAACGUCGCCUCUGCUUGGUGCUGGCAUGUACUGCGGGGACGUGACUCCCACUACUCUCCAAACAACCGGGAAUCGGCUUUUCGUGAAGGCGCAUGGCUUGCAAGGCAAUAUUAGAUUCAUGCUGACUUACAGGGAGGUGGGCAUAGACUGCGGUGGUCAGUAUAUACUGUCUAACAAGCAGAAAAAAUGGGAGAUCAGUACACCGAAUUACCCGAACAUCCCUCAUCCGUUCUCUGAAUGCACGUGGACCGUGAUGGCCUCGAACAAGGACAGAAUAACUCUCAAUUUCAUCGAGAGAUUCGAUUUGAGCAACACCCUCAACUGCGAGGACGAGUACGUCGAGGUCAGGGACGGCGGGACCGACAGUUCGAAGCUACUUGGGAGGUACUGCAAAGACGUGGCGCCCAGCACCAUGAUCAGCACCGGAAACGUGAUGUACGUUCACUUCUACACGAACGUCCCGGAGCCGAGGAAUGGGUUCAAAGCUGUUUUCUCUAUUGGAGAGAAUUGCGGUGGAAUUAUUCGAGAGGACAAGGGCAUUAUUUCGUCGCCUAAUUAUCCACUCUUCUACCCGAAGAAUGAAACUUGCUUGUGGAUUGUCGUCGGUCCAACCGAUCAUACGUUGAAGUUCAAUUUCCUUGAUAUACAUCUGCCCGGCUUCCGCGUCUGCAAGAACUCGGAUUACGUGCAGAUCUUCGACAAAAUGCCUAUGAAUGACACGUCAGUUUUCUAUAACGAUUUUUCUUCAGUAUUCGAGCUUGGAACCUACUGUACCCAAACGAUACCGGAGCCCAUCGAAACGGCGUCUAACGAGGCUGUGGUCAAAUUCACAAGCGAUAAUUUCGAGUAUAUACCAUACAGGGGAUUCAGCAUGAACUUUUCAUCCAGCCGAGAAGUUUGCGGUGGUGAAUAUACUGCCAUGGAAGCAACUCUCAAGUCUAGCGGGUAUCCGAACGUCGCGACGCGCCCAAGAUACUGCGAUUGGAGAAUCAAGGUACCAAGGGGAUUCCACGUGGUCAUUGAGAUAUUAGACAUGGACAUUACCACUCAAGUUCUUGUAAGAUAUCGUGACUCAAGAGUCGGCUUAUAUCCAUCGUUCUACAACGAUUUUCGUUACAAAUCCAGGAUAAAGUUGAACCCAGAUAAUUCGACUGUAGGGCUGAUCAGAAGUUCCAGCAAUAUGAUGAUGGUUGGUUUUUACCUAACAAGCGGCCACCGUGGUUUGAAAUUCCGUUACCACGCGGAAGCGCCGGCUCCCUGCGGCGGAGUCAUAAGCUAUGUUAGGGGCAACUUAACAGGCCCAAGGUAUCGACCUUUCAACGAAUCAUCCUACUACUGCCAGUGGGAAAUGCAGGCGCCAGAAAACAUGAUUGAUGAUAAUAAUAAUAAUUACACCGAAUUAACGUUCACAGUGAAAGUGAUGGGCGUUGUCAAUGGGCUGCCACACUUGUCACGAAAUAGAAUCUGUUAUAAUAAUCAGUACAUCUCAGUUACCGGUAAAAUAAUUAAUAACCCACAAGGUAAAUCCAGUUCGCCAGUGGCAAGUAAACUGUGCGGACGGAUGGAGGAUCAUAACAUCACCAGCACGUCCAACGAACUGUGGAUUGAGUACAUGGGCACGGAUGAAACGAACGACUUUGAAUUCUUCCUGGAACCUGCGAACAACGGCUGCGGUGGCGUUCUACGUGCCAACAGUCGAGAAAUCGCAUCGCCUAAGUUCCCUGCACGGUAUCCUAAUAACGCAGAGUGUACCUGGGAAAUAAACGCUGAUAGCGGUUACCACAUUAGUCUGAGAUUCGUCGAUCGUUUCAACUUAGAGACCAGCGCCAACUGCGAGAAGGAUUACAUACAGAUUUUCGACUGGACGACGCUGUCGAACGACUCCUUGGUCGAAGGGUGGAAGGAGCUGGGCAAGGUCUGUGGAAGGGACACACCGCCGGCGUUCAAUUCGAGCGGCAGUAGUAUGAAAGUGGUCUUCCACUCGAACGAGGCGAUUCAGGGCGACGGAUUCCGUGCCGUCUGGACGGAAGCCUGCGGCGGCAUUUACGAAGUAACUUCGAAACACAGAAAAACCAUUGUCUCGCCUAGGUAUCCGAAGUACUAUCCGAAAAAUAUAUUCUGUAACUACACCCUAUUGGCGCCCGAGAAGAGCAUGAUCAUCAAGUUCAUAGAUUUCCAGCUUGAAACCAGUAUCGAGGGGCUUCAGAAGGCCUGUCGCUAUGAUAACUUGACGAUGAAAUAUAUAAUUAGGUACGGGGAGGACGAACAAACGUGGUGCGGAACGGACAAGCCACCUAUAAUAAAAUCGAAGGACAGAACCGAGAUCAUUUUCAGAACAGAUAAUUUCCUCCAGCGAGCCGGUUUCGCGUUCGAGUACUUCCUAAACGAUUGCGGCGGAACGAUAACAGCCCCGACAGAUAUCAGCUCCUUGUCAAACGGCCAGAAAUAUGUGAAUGGAUUGCAUUGCAAUUGGGAAAUCAAAGCGCCCGCGGAUAAGAGCAUCGUGCUACGCUUCGAGCUGUUCGAAAUGGAAUACACUCACCAAUGCUAUUUCGAUAAAGUGUUGGUUUACGAGGGGCUGGUCGCGGAGGAUUCAAAGAAGCUGGCCACACUUUGUGGAAAUCUCACGCGAAAUUUACCUAUCAUCAAAUCUCGAUCUAACUCUAUGCUAGUCCGUUUCGAGGCGGAUGAAUACGGUGAAUACCGCGGCAUAGCAGCAAAGGUGAUGUUCACUAAGAGCGAAGAGGCAGGCUGCGGUGGCAGUAUUAAUUUAACCGCUACUCAAAAUCAAUCGUUCAAGACACAAAUGGGUACCACGUACGACAGUCUGGAGGACUGCCACUGGACUGUGAUAACGUCACCAGGAAAGAACAUCAAAUUCACCAUCAACAAAAUGGACAUUAGAUACUUUAUUUAUUCUAACAGUACAGAUAAAUGCACGGGAGAUUUCAUCGAACUUCGUGACGGUGCUGGACCUCACGCUGAACUCAUAGGAAGAUACUGUGGCAAUCAACCACCGAUUCCUAUAUUCUCCAGCACGAGUGCACUUUGGAUAAGAUUCUUCAGCGAUGGGACGGAGGAAGGAACUGGAGUCACUGGGACACUGGAAGCAGUAGAUGGAAUGUGCGGGUUUGCACCGGCAGUAAUAAAUAAUACGAAGCAGGUGCUGACUUCACCGAAUUAUCCUAACAAUUACGAAGUAGGCUCGAGGUGCCGUUGGUUGUUAAGAGCCGAAGGAUUAUACGUCGAUAGACUGCACAUACGUUUCUUGGACUUCGAUCUGACUAACUCGAAAUUGUGCGAGGACGAUUACGUUCAAAUCAGAGACACGUCGAAUCGACAGAUCAUCGAGGAAGGUUUUGGCGAGAAUUUCAUUUGGUCCGAAGACGACAACAGGCAAAUCAAUGAUUUUCAACCGAUGGCGACGUACAAAUACUGCGGCGACAAACUGCCUCAUGAUUACUACAGUUACAGUACCGAGAUCGAAGUGAUGUUUAAAAGCGACAUAGGCAGACAUAAGGGUUUCAAGUUGGAAUACGGUACUUCGACCUGCGAUCGGAACUUCACCGCGGAAACGGGUCGGAUCAUCCACGACAGCAUCGAGGAUUGCUGGAUCACGAUCACGGCCCCUCCUAACCACACGAUCUCUCUGUACUUCAACCAAAUAAUAAUCUACGACGCGGACGAGUGCACAAGUUCUGCGUUGCAGGUGUUCGAUGGCGAUUUUAAUGGAAAACUGAUGGCAUCGUUGUGCAACGUGGGUGUUCCGAGUCCCUUAUUUAGUACGGGAAACAAGGUGAGCUUGCAUUCUUGGACCCAGUGGCAUAACACGUACGAGUACUACGACAUCACGUAUACAACCACGGAUCAAGGUCGCGGCUGCGGUGGUCGAAUAUUUAAUUACGGGGGAUCGUUCUCAUCGCCGAUGUAUCCGAACGAGUAUCGGAAUGACACGAAUUGCAUCUGGGAAAUCAGCGUGCCGGUUGGCUUAAAAGUCACCCUCACGUUCACGGUGUUUGACAUAGGCACAAAAAGCACUUGCAAUUAUUCGUACAACUUAGUUGGAAUCUAUAAUUACGAUUCGAAUGGAGAGCUGCAGCUAGCCCAUCUUUAUUGCGGAGGGGACGAACCGGCACCGUUCGAGGCUACCGGCAAUCGAAUAAGAGUGACGUACGCUUCAUCUGUGAACAACGUCGGCACCGGGUGGACUGCUAUUUUCAACAGCAAGAGUGAUUAG